AUGACUAUAGAUGCCUGCGAGACUAAGGGCAGCUCAGCUGUUGCUCGCCUGUCAUUGUCCGACCUGCCUGAGGACUGUUUCCUCCCAAUCCUCGAAUACCUCCAGAUCUACGAUGUUGCACGGUGUCAGUUGGUUUCAAGAGCAUGGAGAUCUGCCUUCACCAAUCCACUGUAUAUGGAAAUGGUCUUGAAGAUGUAUGGUAACGCACGCGAACUCCAACAAGUAGACCGCGCCCGAGGUGACGACGAGAUUGCCCGCAUUUUCAGCCGCCUAGCCUCCCGCUACUACCACCUUGCUCACGGCAAGAUUCGGACCAUCGAUAGGUACAAGAUAGCCGCUUCAGAGCAGAGGGGUGACUUCGUUCCUGUCGGUCAAUGGGAUUACCACGAGUCCCAGCCGGGAGGCCGCUUGUAUUUCGAGAAUGCCGCUACUCAUCUGUCGCGCCUCAAUAUGGCUGCGAAGCCCUACCUAUUCCGCAGCACAUUGUGGUCAUACGACGAUGGACUCCUGGUCUACGCCCCCGAGCAGCUACCUCCCGAUUCCCCUCGCACUCAAAUCCUAGCCCUGCUCGACCUGUCCACCGGCUUCCAUUUCUCUGUGCCUUUCGAUAUCACCAGUAAAAUCAUCCGCAACGUGCGACUCUCCUGCCAUACCUUGAUCGUCGAGUGGGCAGAACGCGAUCCCUUCCAUUCUCUGAACGAUAUGGAACAGGUCAAUCGCCACUUCGCUUCAUGUUACGAUGUCAUCGCAUCUGCCUCAAAACCAACGCUUUACAGUGUGGUCCAUCGAAAUGAGUUCAAAUUGCACUUCCUCGGUCUACCCCUCCUUUCAAGCCGUGAUCGCUUCUUCAGUACUCAUACACAGCAUCACUACGCAAUAUACUUCUGGCAGCCCAAUCGAUCCAUGUAUACAGGGGAUGAGGAACUCCCAAUAGAAUCCCUCUUUGUCUGGGAUAUAUCAGCCGCCUCACAGUACCGUCCCUCCUUGGAUCCUUCAGGGUCCAAUCGACCAAUGGACGCCCGCAAAGGACCUCAUAUUGUUGCCCGGUUCCCCUUCAACGAGCUUGAAUUUCUCGGUAUUCGGCAGCACUCACAGAUUCGGUUGAUGAGUCUGCACCUUGAUAGCGCCACAAAAUCUCUGACGUGGCGUGAGAACAUCUGUGAAGCAGGUCAGGGGUAUUUCGAUCCUGCGGGACGAUGGUGGACUGCAAGAUCAACCACCUUUCCUUUUGUUGGUGCCGGUCCUCAUCAUGUGGUUGAAGGUCACGAGAAUCUACCACCGUAUCGAGGGCAUGCCAGCAUGGAGAGUGCUUCGUUGGAGGAUGGCGAGGUCGAAAAGUGGUUCGUCCCAAUCAUGGACGUGGUGGACCCAAAGACUCAAGUUCGAUUGAGUUUAGUCGAGACAUGCUUCACAGGAUGGAUGAUGGAGAACCGUCUUGUCAUGAGAAUUGGAGCACCGUGGAUGCAUGAGGGUGACGCACAAAUGGAGGGAGGUGACGUGUCCUACGUGGUGCUAAAGAAUGAUGUUGCUACACGUGGGAUCUCAGCUAUGGGGAGGAUUGCUGGGGAUGAGCGAUGGCUGUUGGGUCAGAAUGAGCGGAUGGAGAUUUCCGUCCUCCGAUUUUGA